AUGGUGCCCCUGCUGCUGCUGCUGCCCCUGCUGUGGGGGGGGUCCCUGCAGCAGCAGCCAGACUAUGAGCUCCGAGUGCAGGAUUCAGUGACGGUGCAGGAGGGUCUGUGUGUCCACGUGCCCUGCUCCUUCUCCUUCUCCUUCCCGAGCAGUUUGCGGACUUCCACUGCCCAAGUCUUCACCUACUGGUACCGAGUAGGGGACAGAACAAACCGUGAUGCUCCUGUGGCCUCGACCAACCCAAAUAAACCAGUGAAGCUGGGGACCAAAGGCCGCUUCCUCCUCGCAGCCCCCAUGACCAACAACUGUUCCCUUCAAAUCAGAGACGCCAGGAGGAGUGACACAGGACGCUAUGUCUUCCGAGUGGAGAUAGGAUAUCCUGUAUAUAACCAAGAAUAUUACCAACGAUAUAACCUUCCAGGAUAUACUUACCAAGAUAAGAAGCUGGAUUUGCAGGUGACAGCCCUGACAGAGAAACCCCACAUCCGUAUUCCGGAGCCUCUGGAGUCCGGCCGCCUCACAGAGCUGACCUGCAGCCUGCCAGGGACCUGUGAAGGGAGAAAAUCUCUCACCUUCUCCUGGGAGGGAACCGCUGUGGACUUGCUGGACCCCCGGAACCUCAGCUCCUCGGUGCUCACCUUCACCCCGAGGCCCCGGGACCAUGGCACCAGCCUCACUUGUCAGGUCCAAGUCCAAGGAUCUUCGGUGUCCACACAGACAACCAUCCGGCUCAAUGUCUCCUAUGCUCCUGUGUUGAUGAUCAGGCUUUCCCAGGGAAACUGCACAGCCCUGAAGACUGUGAGCAACCACACGUCCCUGUCUGUCCUGGAGGGCCAGUCCCUGCUCCUGGUCUGCGAGGCUGACAGCAACCCCCCUGCCACGCUGAGCUGGUCUCAGGAGGGGAGACCCCUGAGCCUGCCCCAGCCCUUAGCUCCCAGAGUCCUGGAGCUGCCCCGUGUGGGGGCUGGAGACGGAGGGGAGUUCACCUGCCGGGCUCAGCACCCUCUGGGCUCCCAGCAUGUCUCCUUCAGCCUCUCUGUGCAGAGUAGCCCGCACUCCUGCAGAUGUGUGACUGAGGAGCAGCAGGGCUCCUGGCCCUGGGUGAUCACCCUGAUUAGAGGAGCCCUCAUGGGGACUGGCUUCCUCCUCACCUACGUGCUCACCUGGCUCUACUACACCAGGUGUGGAGACCCCCAGAAUGUGAUGCAGAGCUCCUGA